AUGACAACCACCCUGUCCUCAAACAACCACGAGCUCAGUAAGCUGCUGGUGCAGUCGACAGGGAGGGAGGCGGAGACGAAAAAGCUCUGCAUGGAUGAGAUGCUCCGAAAAUAUUGCGGAGAAUUUGGAAAAUGGCAGUUAAAACACUUCAUCUUCACAAGCCUCGCGUGGGCGCUGGAGGCCUGCCACACUAUGGUUAUGAUUUUCGCCGACCGCGAGCCGGAGUGGCAAUGUACCGCCGCCGCCUGCGGAGUGGUUGGGAGCACCUGCGGGAUCCUACCGGAGGAAUGGGAGUGGGUUGCUGGACGCGGCAGCUCCACCGUAUCGGAAUGGGGACUUAUUUGCGGCGACAAAUUCAAGGUUGGGCUCGUCCAAGCCUUGUUCUUUGCAGGAUGUAUGGUUGGUGCCGGAAUAUUUGGCCAUCUGUCAGAUUCAUUUCUUGGAAGGAAAGGAUCACUAAUGAUGGUUUGUGCCUUAAACGCCAUCUUUGGUUGCCUCACAGCAUUCUCCCCAAACUAUUGGAUCUAUGUCAUUCUCCGCUUCCUCACUGGCUUUAGCACCGGUGGCGUUGGCCUAUGUGCAUUCGUCCUUGCCACCGAACCCAUCGGCCCCGCAAAACGUGGCAUCGCCGGAAUGUCCACCUUCUACUUCUUCUCCAUCGGCAUUGCCAUCCUCUCCGCCAUUGCCUAUGUCUUCCAAACAUGGCGCGAGCUUUACAUUGCGUCCUCCAUCCCCUCCAUUCUCUUCUUGAUCCUCGUCGUCCCGUUCCUCUCAGAGUCUCCAAGAUGGUAUCUUGUUCGCGGAAGAGUAACCAAAGCCAUGAAAAUCAUGUCCACUAUUGCUUCCAUCAAUGGAAAACACCUCCCUAGUGGUGUUCUUCUUGCACUCGAUGAAGAAGUCGAAGUAGAAGAAGAAGCAAAAACAGAAGCACCAACAUUGACCUAUAAGAACAAGUCUUUGGAAAACAAAGAUGUAGUUGGUGGUUCUAUCAUUGACGUGCUUCGAAACCCAGCCACUAGAAUAAGGUUGAUUCUAAUGGUGGCAAUUAACUUCUUUUGCGCUAUUGUGUACUAUGGUCUGAGUUUGAACGUGGUGAAUCUUGAUACUAACCUUUACAUGAACGUGGCGCUGAACGCGGUGGCGGAGAUGCCGGCGUAUGGGAUAACGGCGGUUUUGUUGGACAAGUUUGGGAGGAAGCCGUUGGCAAUAGGGACAAUGUGGUUCAGUGGUUUGUUUUGUUUAUUGGGUAGUUUAAUGGGGAAUGUUGGAGUGUGGAAGUUAGUUAGAAUGGUGUGUGGUAUUUUAGGAAUAUUUGGGAUGGCGGGAACCUACAACUUAUUAUUUAUUUACACGGCCGAGUUGUUCCCCACGGUGGUGAGGAAUGCCGCACUAGGGUGCACGACGCAGGCUGGACAAAUGGGGGCGAUAUUGUCGCCAAUGGUGGUGGUUUUGGGAAGGCUGCCAUUCGUGGUGUUUGCUGUGUGUGGGAUUGUGGGUGGUAUGUUUGCAUUUUAUUUGCCGGAAACUUUGAAUCAACCACUGUAUGAUACAUUCUUUGGGUUGGAAGCUGGGCUUGUUUGAUAUUUUUAUAUUAUUGGUCCACUAAGAUUAACUUUUUAGUAUCAUCUUCAAGCAAGACUUUAAUCUUAUGGUGAUCAUGUAUGUCUUACAACAACU